AUGGAAACCCUUAGAUGGCAAUACCCCUGUCCCAAAACGUCCAGGGCGCAUUCUGCGUCAUGGUGGGAAACACCAUCUGUUGGUUCCCAUUGCUUUACUGGAUACCGCACGCGCCGACAACCUUCUCCAAGGAACGUACGCCUGUCCUCUUUCAUGUCUCCACUGAGGACUGCGCCCUCCUUUCUUCUGUACAUGCUACUGAACGAUGACAACCGAUGGGAGAGUCAUGGGCCGCCUCGCAGGAUCGCCUAUAUAAAGCGCCUUAACUCUGCCCUCGUCCCUGGAUGUCUUCAAAUCCAAACCAACAGAACCAGAAUCGAUUCUCCAAUCUUAUACUCAACCGUUGCCCCCAGUAUCCAGAACCCUAUAUCCACUCCCCCCUUUCGCGGCAUACUUCGUUGCCAAUUCUUCAUUCAAAGUCCAGCCCUUUCCUGUCUUCGUCGUCUCGGUCCAUACACCUCGUUCCGACAACUCUGGCGGGCUUUACGUCCUGAGCUCAUCGCAUUUUCAAUCGACGGUUUCCAGCGUUUUCGAUCUAUCCCGUCUGACCCCAUACCAUCGAUCCCAUACCACCAUGGAAGCCAACGGGAUUUAUCUCAUUCUUUCAGUUGCUGCGGUUGA